UUUCGCGCCCAAUUUCUCUCUCCUCUCUCUCUCUGUCUCUCCUCAUCGGUGGAGCCUCCAUUCCCCUGAUCUUCCCUCUCUCUCUGAAUGCCCAUGAAAUUUCUUUUCCCUCUGCAUCAAAAUCUUAAUAAAAUUCUUCGCACAAUGGUGAUUUUGUAGGGUUGGCUUUCCUUGAAUUUCACCAAUGGGGUAUGGGAACAAACCAGGAACGAGGGACCUAGAGAAAGGGCUGCGGCAUUCGUCCAGCACUAGCUGUCUGUAUGAGCUGCAGCCUCCGCCUUCUCCGACGACACCAACUUUGGUGUUGUCCAAUUCAGGCAAGACGUUGCUUGUAUCAAAUUCUAGUAAGUCCCUGGUUUUAUCCAAUUCUGGCAAGAGGUUCGAUAAGAAGAAGUAUGUGAAGCAAGUGACAGGCAGACACAAUGACACUGAGCUGCACUUGGCAGCGCAACGGGGUGAUUUGACGGCUGUGAGACAGAUUUUGGGUGAAAUUGAUGCUCAGAUGGUUGGUACCCUGAGUGGAGCAGAUUUUGAUGCAGAGGUUGCAGAGAUAAGGUCUGCUAUUGUGAAUGAGGUGAAUGAGUUGGGAGAGACGGCGCUGUUUACUGCAGCCGAGAAGGGGCAUUUAGAUAUUGUGAAGGAGCUGUUACAGUAUUCCACCAAGGAAGGCAUGUCUAUGAAAAAUAGGUCUGGUUUUGAUCCCUUCCAUAUCGCUGCAAGUCAAGGUCACGAAGCCAUCGUCCAGGUAUUGUUAAAUCAUGAUCCAGGAUUGAGUAAAACAGUUGGCCAAUCAAAUGCAACUCCUAUUAUUUCCGCUGCUACAAGAGGUCAUAUUGGAGUAGUCAAUGUGUUGCUUUCAACAGAUUCUAGCUCGCUAGAGAUAUCUAGGUCCAAUGGGAAGAAUGCAUUACAUUUAGCUGCUCGACAAGGGCAUGUUGAAAUUGUAAAAGCUUUGCUACGCAAAGAUCCACAAUUGGCACGGAGGAUUGAUAAGAAACGGCAAACAGCAUUGCAUAUGGCUGUAAAAGGAACUAGUUGUGAAGUGGUGAAGCUGCUUCUUAAUGCAGAUCCAGCUCUUGUUAUGCUUCCUGACAGGUUCGGCAAUACUGCAUUACAUAUUGCAACCAGGAAAAGGAGGGCAGAGAUUGUCAAUGAAUUAGUACUACUUCGGGACACAAAUGUGAAUGCACUGUCUAGAGAUCAUAAAACAGCCUAUGACAUAGCCGAAGGACUUCCACUAUCUGAAGAAACCUCAGAGAUAAAAGAAUGUUUGGCACGUUGCGGGGCAGUUAGUGCAAAUGAUCUCAACCAGCCCCGAGAUGAGCUAAGAAAAACAGUGACAGAGAUAAAAAAGGAUGUCCAUAUUCAGCUUGAACAAGCUCGCAAGACAAACAGAAACAUGAAUGGGAUUGAAAAGGAGCUCCGGAAGCUCCAUAGGGCCGGAAUAAACAAUGCAACCAACUCGAUCACAGUCGUUGCUGUGCUCUUUGCAACAGUUGCAUUCGCAGCAAUUUUCACGGUUCCGGGUGGUGAUGAUGAAACUGGGAUGGCUGUGAUGGUCGACAGUCCAUCAUUUCAAGUGUUCUUCAUAUUCAAUGCCAUUGCCUUGUUCACAUCCUUGGCAGUCGUUGUGGUACAAAUAACAGUUGUGAGAGGAGAGACGAAAUCAGAGAGACGAGUUGUAGAAGUGAUCAAUAAAUUAAUGUGGUUGGCAUCUGUCUGCACUACCAUAGCAUUUGUUUCUUCAUCUUACAUUGUCGUUGGUCGUCGUAAUAGAUGGGCAGCUGUUCUCAUUUCCAUCAUCGGUGGCGUAACAAUGGCUGGAAUUCUAGGUGCAAUGACAUACUAUGUGAUCAAGUCCAAACGUGUCCGAAGGGUGAGGAAAAAGAUGAAGCGUAUGAGGAAUCAAAACAAUUCAUGGCGCCAUUCGGAGUCCGAUUCGGAAGUAAAUCCAAUUUAUGCCAUAUGAUACUAAAUACAUUUCGAAUGUGGUUAUGUUGCGAAAUCACCUGCCCCAUUGCAAUUCAAAACCAAGGGAACUUUUGUUGUGCCAAAGGAUGUGAUACUACUAUUCGCGGUUCCCAUUUUUGGACCAUCAUUCUUCAUCGAUGCAAACGUUUUUGAACAGAUGAUGAAACAUGUUUGAUCUUAAAGCUCAUUGGGUUAAGAUAAGAUUUAUUGGACGUCUUUGCAACUUUGGGGGCUGAGUUGUGUUGAAUCGUCCAAGCCAGCUCGAAAUAUCAUUCAUAAUUGUUUAUGCAUAAAUUUAUGCUAAUGUAAUUAGUACAUAGAGAUUAUGUUAUUCAUGACUAAAAGAACACUUGAAAAAAGAAAAAAAAGAAAAGAAAAGAAAAAAGGGGAAAUAGUGAAGAGGAUUACUUGCUUGUAAAGUGAAAUUUAGUACCUCUGUUUUGUUCUUUCUUUUCAUGAAGGAGCACAUUGUCAGUGAAGACUGAGGACUCAAUUUUGACAAUAUUAACUUCAUUUAAAAUA